CGAAAGUUUAGACAGCCUGUCAGUGUAAUCUUUAAAUCAGAUUCACUCUAACCUUCCACACUGUAACAACCUGAAGCAUUUGUGCGGAAUCCAAAGAUGACUUCAGCUACCAGCUUCCUGAUUGUUGUGAUCCAUUUAGCCUGUAUCAGAUCUGGAGAUUCCUCUGAGAAAUUUGUCAACCUGGAGUGUAAUGAAGAGUCCCAUGGGGUUUAUGGUCAGCAGUCAUUGCUGCAGUGUAAUGUCAAAGCUGUUAAGAAAGUGACCAUCUUGACCGUGACCUGGAAGAGGGUGGAAGCUCUUUUGUUGGAAUACAAUCAAGAUACAUUUAACCCAACUCCUGGGUUUAAAUUUGCUGAGCCAUCCUGGAACAAGAAGAAUACGAAUGUGUCCUUGUUGUUGACAAAUACCAAGAUGGCCGACACGGGGGAGUAUACAUGCAUGGUGAGAACAGACAGUGGUGAUGAUACAGCUACAACCAGCCUCAGUGUCACAGCUAAGUACAUAACUCCAACCAUGAGCUCCAUCCCUGAGACCAACAUCGAAGAGAACACAGGUGUGACCAUUUUCUGCAACUCUACAGGCGGGCAACAGAAAGGGUCGAUCCGGUGGUUUGACCAGUUUCGCAACGAUUGGACGCGCAGUGCUGAACUGGUGGCCAAAGAGACUGAAGAUGGACCGUUCAGCCUCUCCAGUAAAUUCAAAGUGCAGAAGGCUACAUCCAGUUCCACAAACUACACGUGCGAAGUGCUCAAUGUCAAUGGUGCCGUGGAGGGGAUGGCAUCAUUUGUGAUCCAGUUUGCGCCGCGAGACUCAGGUAGGAAAGCUGACAAAUUGGAUUCUGAUUCCACCACCAAUUGGCUAGCCCCGGUUGUAGUCAUAGGAUCUCUGAUCAUUGGACUCCUUGCUGCGCUGCUGUUAUUUAAGAGGCGCUCCGCCCGACGUUUUGUGUCAUUUUUGACAGGAGCUCGAAGGCAGUCCACCUUUCCGUUAAUGAGUGACCACCAAACAGAUACCAGGCAUGAUGGAGAUGUUGAGGCAGAAGUCUCCCUCUGUCCAGGUCUAAACAGUGACAGUCCACAGGACCAGCGUAACAGUCUCUAGUAAAUGAUUCGUUAACUGGUAGUCUCUGGAAGGGACUGUUUCCUUGACGAUCAAUAAGAGGCUUGUCACCAUCACUAUCUUUUGAUAGAUUGUUUCCUGUUAAGUGUCCGAUGACAGUCACUUUGCCACUCAGGUCAUUCUGAUUGAGGCAUUUGUUUUUUCAUAAUCUACUGAUGAUGUCAGCCUUUAAGGUCUGUGGUUGAUUACAAAUGAUAUGUAACUGCCCUAUAUAUCAAUGUUUCUAUACAGGGUUGCCAUGGGGUUGCCAUGGUGUCAUAAUGCUCUAGAUUCUACCACUGCAGAACAUUGGUAUACUGUAAUACCAGGUAAUCUAAUCAAUGUACACACUAUAAGGUGCAUGGUUUAACAUUCCACCUUUCCUAUACUGUAGAUUCUACCAUAGUGGUUGUUAUUACUAUACUGUAACACCAGACCAUCUAAUCACUAUAAGUUUACACACUGUUGUAUACUAAGGUUGUGCGAACAUUCAAUUUGAACACAGCACUUUUCUGAAAACAUGUAGUAAAACUGGUUUCCCUUCUGAAAGAGGGUUUCGCAAGACUGUACAACAACCACUUUUGUAACCAAAAGCCAGCCUGUUGCUCCUACCACAGAGGAUUUUGUUUGUGUCCUUCCUCAUUCUCCUUUCUUCUUGUCUUGCGCUAUCUGCUGGUGGAAAAUGCAGGUCUAUAUUUAUAUAGAUACCAGCCUUUAAACACUGUGGUUGAUGACUGUGGUUGAUGACUUUAACAGCCUAUGUUUAAAAGCCAGACAUGAUUGGUUCUGUACAGCAGGGUUCCCAAACUGUCGGUCCACAGCAAGGUUUGAAAUUAUUAUAUUUUAGUCAAACAUAUAUUUUUGGGCUUCUUGCGUUUAAUUUGCAGUCUACACAUUUUUUGUAAUUAUGUUCCGGCCCCACGACUCAAGAAGAAAAGAAAGAAAAAAAACCCGGCCCCCCGGCUGAAUGUAGUUGAUGAUCCCUGCUGUAUAGGGUUGCCAUAGUGUCAGUAUACUGUAGGUUCUACCAGCAUGAUUGUUCAAACUGUACCCUUAACACCAAGCCAUCUAAUCAUUGUAACGUUUCACACUAUACUAGAAGGUUCAUGAGCAAUGUUCCCUCUGAUUGUUUUCAUCACUGAGCAAACUUGAACGUUGUGAAAAUUCUGUCCCACUUCUGGACGCGUGUUUACUGUGAACACGGAGGCUGAGUUUUAACAGUGGUCAAGUAGACUAGUGUGUCUAUUUGAUCAUAAUGUAGGCCUACCAGAGUGGCCUACCAUCAAAAACAAUGAAACAAAUGCCUUCCAUAACAUUUUAACAUGGUAAUAGCUGUUCUAUUGUUCAGCCUACAGUAACAGCCAAUGUGUGGUGUUCAAUGUAGGCCUGCAUUCAAUGAGACUUUUGAAGAAAACAUGCAAGGCUUGACAUUAGCCUGUUUCUCCACUUGUCCUUCAGACAAGGAGGUGACUGACAAUGUUGUUGUGUUGUUUGUUUAUGCGUGUACAUAUCACUUUUCCAAAAAUAUGAAGUAAACUGGUUUCGCCUCUGAAAGACGGUUCUGAUAGAUACUCUUCUGUGCCUGCCACUAUUCUCCCUGGACUUUGAUUCUGCUACAAUGUGUAUGUGAAGAAAUGCUAGGCAAAAUAUAAAUACAUUACGUAAGUACAUUACUUUUGACUAGAAGGAAUAGGGAGCCAUUUUGAAUUCAACCUUUGACUUGACUUUGUGUAAUCUCUGGAAUUUAUUGUAACAUUAACCAACCUUGUUACCAACAGCCAGCCUGUUGCUUCAACAGUUCUACCGCAGCAGUUUGUUUGUUUUGUCCUUCCUUUUUCUGCUGGUGGAAAAUAUAGGUCUACGUUUAGCCCAGGCUUACCUCCAAGAAGUCAUUUUAAUGGCAUGCAACAGUAAACAUGAAAAACAAUGGACUAGAGUCAAUUAUUAAUCUGAGAGAAUUGGUAUCAGUUUCAAGGCAACAUAGACAUCUUCACCUGGUGGUUGAUUAUGAUACAUUUGGAAAAACAUUUUGUGUUAUGCAAGGGGCAGCAAUUGUCUUCUGUUUAUAUAAUGAUCGUUUCAGUUCCCAUGAUGUUUUACUGCUCCCAUGUUGCUGAUGGCAUUACAUAUAGACUGAGAAAUCUGUUGUAUUGUGGCAGCUUGAGGUGAAUGGCGUCCACAACAAGACUACACCUCCCACAAUUCCUUCACACUCCUCUACAGUGUCUGUUCCUUCUUACUUAAGUGCAUACUUGGCAGUUGGCACUGUAGAUACAGAUAUGAUUAACCUAUUUCUAUCUACUAUACAACUAUGUUUGUGUGUGAAGUUAUGAUUAUUUCCCAAUUCAAACAAAAAUAAGACAUGUUAUUUCGUAGUGUAAGAGGUCAAGAUGAGAGAGGAAUCCUGUCUAUAUAUGAAGUGAUUAUCAACUGAUUUGUUAAUAAGUUUACUUUUUUUUUUUUUAAAUACAACUUCCUGUUUUCAGCACAUACAUAUGCCUGCUUGAGGCCUGCUCUGCACCUUACCCCAUAUAACAAACUUUGUUAUUGCUACAUUUUGUAUGUUUUUAUAUGUGAACUUGUUUGUUAUUAAUUAUAACAUUGAGAUUAAAGCUUUUUUACUUUGUCCAGAUA